UCCAGAGACUUCUUUUCAAUUUACAACCAAAUGACAGAUAAUUGCUUCAGUCGUUGUGUGUCUAACUUUAACUACAAUCAGUUGACUAAAGAUGAGGCAAGCUGUAUCCACAGCUGUUGUGAUAAACUUGUAAAAAUGAACCACAGAGGCAUGGCUAUUUUCAUGGAUGUGCAGACUAAAAAACAGCAAGCCAUGAUGGAGCAAGUGGCCCAAAUGGAACAGCAGCAACAGAAUCAAAAUCAGACAGUGCUGCCAUCUAUUGGUUCAGAAACUAAACAAAGCACAUGAAGUUAAAGUUUCAUUAUCAUACACUCAGAGAUGAACAUGCAUGUAGGAUUGUGGGUUUUUUUCAAAACCAAGAACAACAAAUAAUAUGAAAUAAAUAAAAAUUAUUGUAUAGUUUUAAAUGUGUUGGUGAUGAGUUAUGUAGACAAUAUUUUAGUGGAAUGCGGAAUAGUUUUAAGUCAUAGAGAUUGAGGACAGUGUGAAUGAGUUUUAUAAUUCUUUAGAAAAAGAAAAGCCUGGAGACGAGCUUUUUUCCCAUCGGGAGAGACUAUACUUCUCAAUAACGAGCCGGUGCAACUGCCAUGAUAAAAAUGUAAAUAACAG